AAUCCCAAUAUUUACAUGCACAGAUGUUGAACGUAACUUCAUUUCUGGACGGGCUUCAGUUUAAAAUACGUAUUAUUGUAGUCUCAUACGCGGAUAUACGUUUGCCGCAUGAAGUGCUUGUGUAAACGUCCAGGAGAAAGUCUGUCAGGCGUGAGAGGAGAGUGAACGUCAACUUUUUUAAUGUGGUUGCUGAAAAUGUACUAAAACAAGGAUUGAAUGAAACAGAGGGAAGAUGAGCAUCACUUCAGCAGAUCUGAGUCCUGCUUCAUCCUCAGAGCACAGAGAGAAACUGCAGGAACUGCUGACCGCUGUCCGAGACCUGCACGACACCGCAAUGCAAGAAUUACAAGCAAAAAUAGCUAAACUGAAGAAAGAGCGCUGUCUAGAUGCUCAGAGAUUGAGUGAAUUUCACAGCAAGAAUCAACAUUUACGAGAGCAACAGAAGAUCCAGCAGGAGAAGAUCAGACAGCUGGAGGACAGGUUGCGUUCUGGGCCAUGCGAUCGCUGCACUGUGACAGGGAAGCAGAUUAAAAAGACAAACACUGAGCUUGAAGAUAAUAAUCAGAGAAAUCUGUCUGUCAUCUCUGAGCUUAAGGCUGAGAGGAAAACUCUGACAGAUGAAAACAGGAGACUGAGUCUUGAACUGGAGCAACUCAGGAGGUCUGGUUCUCCACAGAACGCGUCCUCUGAGCCAGAGGAGGGAAUGAUCCCAGACUCUCCUCUCCGGCCGCUGUCUUUACCCGUUGCCAGCAAGAUGAAACGGCGGAAAGAGCAGAACCACGUCCGAUACGCUGAGACACCGCUAUCACUCUCACACCCCGAACCCAGGCAAAGAGAGCCAUCUGUGGCUUUCGGCUGUAAUGGCAAGGGUGUGCUGGUUGCUGAGACGUGUGAAAUGGAUGGGACUUUUAUUGCAGAGCCUAAUAACAAGAGACAUUUCAGGAUUGUGGUUCCUGAGACCUGCCAUCCAGACGUCUAUCCAGAAGAGCUCGAUGACAACGAUGAUCAUGAUGAACAUGAACAAAACCAACAACCUGAGAUACGUGACGGCACAAACAGCCUCACUGCAGUCCAGAAUGAUGAUUCUCCAUUAAUUUUGCGCUGCCAUCCACUGGCCUCACAAGAGCAUCUGUCAUCCAAAGAGGAUGUUUUACGCACACCUGCGAAUAGCAGCAUGUGUGUUUUAACGAAAGGGAAGAGAAAACAUUCGAAUGGUGCAAAAAAAGAUCGGGGGAUUUCUGAUUGCAGUCUGGAUCCUGAUGAGACUGAUAUCAAAGGAAUGAUAUUUGCUUCCACUCCAGCUGAUGGUCGAUUAAAGAGCAAGAAUAAGGAAAUGAGUCAGACUGAAGCCACGCAGGAUUCAAAGAGGAAAUGUUUGGACGGACACACACCUCGAAAAAGUGCUGCUAAGAACCAAAACACACCUUUUCCAUAUGAUCAGAGCUGGAGUGUUGAUCCAGGAGCUGAUCUCGGUCAGUACGAUACAGAGAGCUCUCCUCAACCAGAGCAUCAGGCCAGAACAGAUUUGGAGACGCUGGACACCGACUGCACCUUUGUGAGCCACAGUCUGCUGUUGAGAGGACAGAAGACAACGAGACAGUCUCAAACCACCGGAAUCGGGCAGAAGGCAAAUGACAGCCUUGCUGACAUCUUCGAUAAGACGGGAUAUGGAGAAUAUGAGUCUUGUCCACAGGAUGAAAGCACUGAUCCCAAACAGGAGAGUGUAUAUGAGGAGGAGAGAGAAGAAGAGGAUCAUGAAGAAGAGCCAGAGGCUGCAGUGGUUUUUCGCCGGCCGGCAGACUGGAAACCAGUGGUGUCUGAUAGUGAUAAAUCCAGCAGGAAUAAGUCUUUUGCUUGUGUGGAGGUUGUGCGUAAGAAAGACGAAAGGAGAAAACUGAAGGGCCACUACUGUAAAGAGUGUGAAGUUUAUUACGCAGAUCUCCCAGAGGAAGAGAGAGAGAAAAAACUGACCUCCUGUUCACGGCAUCGCUACCGUUACAUUCCUCCUUCCACACCGGAAAACUUCUGGGAAGUAGGAUUUCCAUCCACACAGACCUGCGUGGAAAGAGGAUACAUUAAAGAGGACGAGCAGCCGGAUGUGCGGAUCCGCAGGAGACGACCGUACCUCGCCAUGUUUUCACCCAAAGCCAAAUCACAAAAAAAGAAGCACUGAGUCGAGCUGCUCACACACACACUUAAAAACCACACUGACACUUCAUUGAGCAAUAUGAAGCACAGUCUGCGCAUUUCCUGAGUCACAUCUGCUUAAAAACAGUCUAUGAGUUCGUGUUGGAGUGAUUCAUCAUCCUCAGAUUUUAAGGAAUCACAUUGGUUUAAGCACUUUUCCAUUUUGUACAUGUGAUUUUGAAGAAUAGAAUGAUUCUGUAAUAAAAAUUAAAAGUGAUUUCAUUCAUUCA